AUGACAGAAGUAGGCGACAACUGGAGCAGCGAAAACUCGUGCCAGAAGGUACGAGAUUCGUGUCGAGCAUGGAUGAAAGCCCCUGAGAACGAAAGAUUGGUCCAGAUCCACUCUCCGUCUUUGACCAAUCUAGCACAAGACAUUCUCUCCGAGCAUCAAACCUCAUCGGCUUCGAUCGAGUGGGAUGAAGAGGGAUGGCAUUAUCAACCGGAUGCUCGGUUACCAGCGCGGAUAUCACUGGAGCGCCUCGCCCUGUUCAUUUUGGCUAUGGAUGCCAUCAAUUUCUGUUUCUGGCCAAGCCACGUCAAAGAAGGUGCCACGAACUUUGAAUACGAGCACCUGGCCAUGGCAAUGGCUGGCAUGGCUCGGGAAGAUGAGGUUGCGCAACUUAAAAAUCCGAUUUCUCUUUCUUCUGACUAUGUAUUCUCUCCGGCUAGGCUGGCCAACAUGACUUUGGACGAGAUGACGAAACUUUGGGAUACCCAUUUGGCCAAGCUCGCGGCAGAUAGUACCAAAAACAGCAACAAUAAGCAGAUUUCAAAAUUGGACAAUUUGGAAACAAGAUGUCAAUUGUGGAAGGAAGUGGGUCAACUGCUCUUGAACCAUUGGGAGGGUAGUAUUCUCAAGUUUCUAGCCAUUCAGGAACCUUCUGGCAAUGAGGAAAAUGCAACUUUCCAAUCUGCACUAUCAGCACCUCAGUUGGUAGAUCGCAUUGUGGACUCCUUUCCUGGCUUUCGAGAUUGCCACGCAACAACAACAGUAGGAGCAGCAGAUCAUGCCUACUUGUGCUUGUACAAACGAGCCCAAAUUUGUGUGGGUGAUUGGAACGCGUCUUUGCGGUUACAAUUGACAAAUCUGGAUCAAGUAACAACCUUUGCAGAUUAUAGAGUCCCGCAGUUGUUGCGGCAUGCGGGAGUACUGCAGUAUGCCUCUUCCUUGGCAGACUCCAUUGAUCGAGGAGAAGAAAUUGAAAAAGACAGUCCCGAAGAACUAACUAUCCGAGCUGCAACCGUCGUGGCGGUGGAAGAUUUGGUCCAGGAACUCCAUAGGCAACAACAGCAAGCAAGCGACAACGAGUCAAAAGUUGAGUUUACAGCUGUUUCCGUGGACUGGUAUCUGUGGCAAGCAGGCGAAAAAAUGAAUAAUGAAGGAACGCUGAAGCCACAUCACAAGACGCGAACGACUUUUUAUUAG